AUGUUCCAGCGUAUGGCUAAGGCUCUGAACUUCUUCUGGAGGAGGGCGAACACCUUAGAGCAGGAUCAGCCUCAGCACCCAGGGCUCUCAAAAGAUGACAGCAAGUUGAAAACCGUGCAGGGAGUUGUCACAAGGUUCUGUGAUGAUUAUGGCCUGAUUAACGAGUUAAUCUCCUUUACUAAUGACAUUGUGACUGGCAAUGUGCUUCUGGAAGUUGGACAAAAAGUUACCGCACUUGUGAAAGACGAUGAAACAUCUCAUGGAUUGAAAGCAAUCAAAGUGGAUGCUUUCACUGAUAACCGUGGUGGUAGACCAUUAAUAUCUGGUGUCAAAAUUUUAAUUGGUCGUAUUACCUCUCUAAUGAAAGGUGGUGGCUACAUUAAUAAGACGAAUUACUUCUCUCUAGACAUUGUUUGUAAAGGUUUUGAGCCUUAUCAGGGUGACUGGGUAGAAGCUGAUUAUUCUACCCAGCCAGGCACACCAAGGCUCAGGAUAACCUCAGUGAAGCCCAUGAGCUGCAAACAUGUGGAUAAGGUCUGCAUUACUAGCUUCUGUGAAAGAAGUGGGGUGAUAGAUGAUAGUAUCUUUUUCACCUUGGAUUCUCUGAAAAUUUCUGAUGGAUAUGUACCUCAAAGAUUUGACGUCGUCAAUGUGGUCAUGGUGAAGAGCAAUCAGUCAUGCUACCUUUGGAGAGCACUUUCUAUGACCCUAGUGAAAAGGUAAGACUCUCCAGACUUUACUGAGAGUACUGAUGAAUUAGCUGGAUCCCUGUUAAUGGAAAACAAAGGCAAUAUUGAAGUUUCAAAUAUGAUACAUUUUGGAACCUUAAACGACAGAGAAAGUAAAACUAUUAGGAUCUGGAUUGAGAAUAAAGGAGAAUUUCCUCAAAACUUAGUCAGAUGCCAGUUUGUUGGCUGGGAAAAAACUCAACAAUUCGGAUUGCAAAUACCUGAUGAAGGCCAAAAGCAGCCAGUGGUCUCUCAUGUUCCUGCUGAUCCUGGGAAGGAGAAGAAAUUUUCAAAGAGAAAUAUUAAUGAAUUAAAUAGAGACAGAAAAGAAAUGACCCCUCAGACAUCGGACAUCAGUUUGGCGGACAACAGAGAAUUCUCUCGAGAUGAAUAUACCUUGCAAGGAGAAAAUAGACAAAAACGAAACACUGUAUCCAGGAGUGAGAUUACAGAUGCUGAUCUCAGUGGAUAUGGACUAAUACCUCCAGGUGGAAAAAUCUUCAUUAUAGUUACCUGUGAUGCAAGAAAUCCUGGCCACAGCAAGGAUCUCCUUUUGUUUUUUUUCCCUAAAUUCACAAUUGGGCGGUACGUGGAAGUAAAUGUAGUAAGUGCUGAGGAGUCACUCAUAGCUGCCACAGAACCAUAUUCUUGGAAAAGGGCUGAAAGUUCCCAAGCAUUGCAUCCCUCAAAAUCGGUUGUACUCGGGACCAGACUGAGAAGGCAUUCAAGACGAACACUUCCAAAUUGCCUUCCAUGCUAUCCCAUCCCAGCAGCACUUAGAAAAUGUGUGGAACAAAAGAUGGACAUACUGACUUUUCAGCCACUUCUUGCAGAGCUUUUGAGUAUGUCAAACUAUGAAGAGAGAUUUUCAACUUUGCUAUGGCUUGAGGAGAUUCAUGAGGAAAUGGAAAUGAAGGAGUUCAGUAUGAGUGGAGUCAUUUUAAAGAAGAAUGGGAAUUUCUUGGUUUUGGAGGUCCCAGGAUUAUCUGAUAAUAGACCACAUUUGUAUCCAGGUGAUAGAAUGGUUUUAAGAAAUCGGGAGUACAGUGAACACGUGAUUGAGUACAGUGUCUUUGUUCAUGAGAUUCACGGAGAAGAGGUGACUUUUACAAUUAAUCCAAGAUUUAAUGAAACAUAUAAUUUUGAACCUGUGGAUGUGGAAUUUAUAUUUAAUAGGACUUCAGUCAGACGAUGUCACUUUGCAGUUGAAGAAGCCAAACAUUUAGGUGAAAAAGUAUUAUUUCCAGACACUCUCAUAUUAAAGGCUCCCCAAGUUUCAGAGAAUUGGAAUGAUGAACAGUCUUUCGCUAUGACUAGAGAAACAAUGAUGGCCAAAACAAAACACGGGAGUGUCAGAACCUUGGAUGUGCCAGUAAGUAGAAGUCCAACCUCUAAAAUAAGAGGUGUGAAAUUUUUCAAUCCAUUGCUGAAUGAAAAUCAGAAAUUAGCAGUUAUAAGGAUACUGAAUGGUGAAUGUCGACCAAUCCCAUAUAUCCUUUUUGGCCCUCCUGGAACUGGAAAGACACUUACAUUAAUAGAAGCAACUUUACAGGUGCAUAAUGCUUUGCCCGACAGUCGGAUUUUAAUCUGUGCACCAUCCAACAGUGCAACAGACCUCUUGUGUUUGAGGCUACACGAGACCAGGGUGCUGGAGCCUGGGGUCAUGGUCAGAGUGAACGCCAACUGCAGAUGUGAGGAGGCAAUCAGUGAUGUAGUUAGACCAUAUUGCAGAGAUGGAGACGAUCUUCAGAAAGCCUCACACUUCAGGAUAAUACUUACAACAUGCAGCACUGCAGGACUUUUUUACCAAUUAGGAAUAAGAGUUGGACAUUUUACACAUGUAUUUGUGGAUGAAGCAGGACAAGCACAUGAGCCAGAAUGCCUUAUUCCUCUGGGGUUUAUUUCACAUGUCAAAGGCCAGAUUGUGCUUGCUGGAGACCCCAUGCAGCUUGGACCAGUCGUUAAAUCCAGAUUUGCUUCGGCUUAUGGGUUGAAUGUGUCUAUGUUGGAAAGAUUGAUGUCUCGACCAGUAUAUCAGAGAGAUGAAAAUGCAUUUGGUGGUUGUGGUGCAUACAAUCCUUUGAUAGUUACAAAGCUUGUGAAGAACUACAGAUCCCACGCUGCGUUGCUUACAUUGCCAUCUACACUCUUUUAUCAUAAAGAACUCGAAGUCUGUGCAGAUCCUAAUAUAGUGAAUUCUUUGCUCGGCUGGGAGAAAUUGCCUAGAAAGGGUUUUCCUCUCAUUUUUCAUGGUGUGAGGGGCAAUGAAUUGCGGGAAGGAAGAAGCUCCUCGUGGUUCAAUACAGCUGAAGCCGUGCAAGUCAUGCGUUAUUGCUCUCUUCUUACCAAGUGUGUCUCAAGUGCCCUGUCAGCGAGUGAUAUUGGUGUGAUCACCCCCUACCGGAAGCAGGUGGAGAAAAUCAGAAUUGUUUUGCGAAGCAUAGAUCUGAUGGAUAUAAAGGUUGGAUCGGUAGAGGAAUUUCAAGGACAAGAAUAUAUGGCUAUCAUCAUUUCAACCGUACGAUCGAGUGAAAUCAAUUUUCAAGACAAUAAGGUUUUUUUGGGGUUCUUGGCCAACUCAAAAAGAUUUAAUGUUGCAAUCACCAGAACCAAAGCUUUACUGAUUGUGCUGGGAAACCCUCACAUUCUGGUCAAAGAGCCCUGUUUCAGUGCUUUACUGGAAUAUUGUAUUACAAAUGGUGCUUACAUUGGAUGUGAUUUACCUCCCGAAUUGCAGCAUUUGCAAAACUGUGACUAGAUGAGGGGUGGCUCUGUCCAUCCCUACCCAGCAGUGUACCAUGAUCUAAGUAAAUCCUGAGACGAUGAACUGCAGUCUUCCCC